UGCCCUCUCUGAUCAGCCCUCCCUCCGCUGGUAAACAAAAACAACACGGAAGCGACAGAAAGGUUGAUAUAGUGUUCAGAUGAGUGUGUUUCUGUGUUUUAUCCGUCAGUGUGUGAUGAUGGUGUCGCUCCCGGUGUAAGUGAAUCGGUUGGACCCGCUGUCGUCAGAGGAAGAAGAAUGGCGGACGAAGCUCCGUUCCAGUUUCUACAUAACGAAGUGAUACAGUACAUUUCCAAGUCCGCUGAGAAAGGAGAGACGGAAAAUGGAAGAAAUAUCACCAAACUGGAGAAUAUGGGCUUCAGAGUCGGCCAAGGACUAAUAGAGAGACUGACUAAAGACACUUCACGGUUCAAAGACGAGCUGGACGUCAUGAAGUUCAUCUGUAAAGACUUCUGGACCUGUGUGUUCAAGAAGCAGAUAUACAACCUUCGAACUAAUCACCAGGGCAUCUAUGUUCUCCAGGACAACAAGUUCCGACUGCUGAGUCAGCUGUCAGCUGGUAAACAGCACCUGGAACAUGCCCCAAAGUACCUGUCCUUCACCUGUGGUCUGGUGAGAGGAGCUCUGUCCAACCUGGGAGUGAGGAGUAUUGUGACUGCUGAGGUGUCCGUCAUGCCUGCGUGUAAAUUCCAGGUCAUGAUCCAGAAAAUGUAGCAGCCAGCAGAGGCCACACUCUCUCUUUCUUUUGCCUACAUAUGUAAUUGUGUUUUGUCUUUAAAGGGAAAUUACACCCAUCUUCAGCAGCACAAUCACUUCUCUGCAUUUUGGAGAUGACAUUGAUGAUUGCAAAAAUUUAAACUGUAAACUUGCAGCGUCCAUAUAACAGUCUGACCAAUUGUCAUUAUCAUAUCACACUUUCCAAUGCCAUAAUGAUUAUUUCUGAGAAUGAUGAUAUAGUAACGUUAUGUAUUUUAUAUAAAGUCUACAUGUUUCUCACUAACUAAAUGUGUGACUGUGUAUUGCCGGUAAAAAGUAAACUUCAGUGUGUCAGUUUGAAUUGAUGCACAGUAUAGAAACUGUUAAACCAUUAAAAAAUAACUUUGAUACUUAUAGAUAUCAAAAUAAAAUAUUGGUAAUGAUCAAUAAUUGUGUUUGGGUUUAUCAUUCUAAUACAUGCAUAUUGCCUACUAGUUCUAUGAUCAUUAGAGUUUAAUUGCUUCUCAGAAACCUGUUUUCUGUGUAAACAAUUCAUAAUAUGCCAAAAUAACAAUAUGCAGAACAAUGCAUACAUUUGAGCUGUUUUUGGUUGUAUAUCAUUGUACAGCACUUUUGCCAACCCUGGAUGUUUUAAAUGUGCUUUAUAAAUGAACUCGAUUUAAUUUGAAACAUGAAAAUGAGGAAGUGAGGGCAGCUAAGCAGCUCAGAGAACACAACAGAAGUUCAGUACUGUCUUCAGACAUGCCAAACAUGUGAAUGAAUGAUCAGUUUAAAGCAGGGGUCUCUAAUAGGUGCCCCCUCCCCGCCCGCCCCAGUCUGUUUUGAUAUGGUAUGUGAAUACAUUUGACCAGUGAUAUAAGACAUGAGAAGCUCUCAGAGUGAAAAAGUUACGCCUUGUAUAAAGACACAGUAGCACUAAUGAUGAUCAGUAAUCCUGUUGAAGCAUGAAAAUGCCCAAACUGUUUCAAUUUCAGGUGUUUGUUUGAACUUGGACUCACAGGUGUGUGACAGAAAUGUUCUAUUUGAAAUUUAUGCAGUUAAAGUUUCCUUGUUAUUUUUGUGCUCUAGAUAAUAUGCUAGAGACACAGCCACUGUUUAUGACUGCAAAGAUGUUAAAACAAUUAAAAACUACUUUGUUUAAUUUUUCAUUAUUCAUCUCUGCUCCAGUAAAUCAACAAGCAACUGCUAUGAGGGUCCUGGACUUUGGGUUAGCCUCUAGAGCUCUCCUUCAGCCUACAUGGAAAAUCAGACAUAAGAAUAUGAAGAUGAGACAUAUGUCAGAGCCCCCUCCCUUCUGAUGGCCUCAACUCUGCUCCAGACUCUUUCAAUAAAAUCUGUAAAUCUGUU